GCAAAAUCCAAGCUUUCAUGAAAAUGGCAAAGAAAACGUAAGAAAGAUUUUGCAGUAUCAAUCUAGGAAGAUGCAUUCAAUUAACCACCUUCUCUCACCUUUAGAUGUUGCCACCUCAUGCUACUCUUCUCUUUCUUUCCAAUCAUUAAAGCUUCUCAAUUGACACCUUCUCUCACACAACUCGCCGGACCACUUCUCUCCCUCCUCCUUCAUGGAAGAAAAUUCCGCAAUCCACCCUAUUCGAUGUAGAGCUGCUGUUUGCCGCAACCCUGGUGAGCCACUAGUGAUUGAGGACAUCAUUGUGGCACCGCCAAUGCCUCGUGAAGUUCGAAUUCGGAUAAUAUGCACUUCUUUGUGUCAGAGUGAUAUCGCCUUUUGGAAGUUGAAGGAUCUUCCGGGGAUUGUUCCUAGAAUUCUGGGCCACGAAGCUUUCGGUAUAGUUGAGAGUGUAGGGAAGGAUGUCUAUGAAGUUAAGGAAGGAGAUUCUGUUAUCCCCAUUUUCAUGGCUGACUGUGGGGAGUGUGCAGAUUGCUUAUCAGAGAAAAGCAAUCUCUGUUCUAAAUUCCCUGUCAAGAUAGCUCUGGGGAUGCCACGCUGUGGGACAAGCAGAUUCACGGAUCUCAAUGGAGAGGUUCUUCAUCAUCUUCUGUCUGUGUCAAGUUUCAGUGAAUACACAGUGGUAGAUAUUGCCAAUAUACUAAAAGUAGAUCCUACAAUACCUCCAAACAGGGCAUGCCUCCUUAGUUGUGGAGUAGCAACAGGAGUUGGUGCGGCAUGGAGAACAGCAAAUGUGGAGAAGGGAUCUACUGUUGCUAUUUUUGGACUGGGGUCCAUUGGUUUAGCUGUUGCUGAAGGAGCAAGAAUAUGUGGAGCAAGCAGGAUCAUUGGGAUAGAUAUCAACCCAGAUAAAUUUGAAGUUGCAAAAAAGUUUGGAGUCACUGAGUUUGUAAAUUCUAGAAGCCUUGGGGAUAAAUCUUUGAGCGAGGUAAUCAAUGAAAUGACAGAUGGGGGUGCAGAUUACUGCUUUGAAUGUGUUGGAGUUGCUUCCUUAGUUGAGGAAGCAUUUUCAUGCUGCAGACAGGGUUGGGGAAAAACAAUUGUGUUAGGAGUAGACGAACCUGGCGCAGUUUUGAGUUUAAGCUCUUUUGAUAUCCUUUUUCAUGGAAAGAGUCUUAUGGGAUCGUUAUAUGGAGGGCUGAAGCCUAAAUCAGAUGUUCCCACUCUUCUUAAAUGGUACACAGAUAAGAAACUUGAGCUGGAUAAAUUUGUCACACAUGAAGUAGGUUUUGAAGAUAUCAAUGAAGCUUUUAAAAUGUUCAUUGAAGGAAAGUGCUUGAGAUGUGUGAUUUGGAUGAAAAAAAUAUGAGCAGCAACAUCAUCGGGUUGUGUCGUUUAUUUGUCAAUAAUUGAUUUCUAUCAAGAAACUUCUCUGCAUGUUCCUUGUGUUUUUAUCUUGAACGUUUGUAUUCAACUUUACUUCUAUACAAGAAGUGUGUGUGACCCUAAAUUUUGAAAGAAC